CACCGUUCAUAUGUACCUCAAUAGUCAGCACAGGAUUUACGUGGUUUUCAGCUUGAAGUGGCAAUGAGUCAGUUUCCCUUCUGCGUAAUAGCCUAGAAACGCUAAAGAUUCGGUGUUGCACGUCUGGACCAAAGGCUCCGGUUGAUUUCGUCGCUGUUCUGGUGCUUUACGGUGCAGAAGGAUAUGGUUUUCUCAUCGUCCCAGCAAGUGGUUGUCGCAUUUACGGCGGUGUUGUUUGCGUUUGUGGUGUUCCCUAGAAUGUUCGGCGUAGGAUCCGGAGCGAAGGAAACAAGAGGUUUUGAUGCUCGCUACAACAGAAAAGCGGGACCAGGACCAGGACCAGGUGCAGUGAGAGGGCAGCCGGUCAACAAGAACACGCCUGGCUCCAUGAACAAAGCUCAGACCCUGGAGAACAUGCAGCAGAUGAAGGUGAUGAUGGAGCAGGAGAUGAAGGGUGACAAAUACAAAACCAACAGCAACAAGGGCUACGUGUUCACGCUGAUGCCGCUCUACGCCAUCGGAGUCGGCCUCUUUGCAGCGUACAAAUUUCUGAAGAUCAAGUCUGCAGAUGACUCCCAAGCCCAAAAGAAUAAGGAUGCCAAAGGUCCCAAGAAGUCGGAGGAGACAGAGAAUCAGCUUACAGAGCUGGAGCAGCGGCUAGCGCAAACAGAGAAGAUGCUCAACUCCAUUCUCACCCAACUUGACCCAUUGACAAGUUGUGUCAAGUCUGUGGCCCAGGAACAGAAGAACGAGAUCAUGUCCCAACUCCAGUCCAUCCGCCACCUGAUGAAGAAGAGAGGCAUGGACUGCCCACCCCUUAACAUUGAAGAGCCGCAGUGCGAGAGGAACCUGGAUGACCUCAUCGAGUCUCUGGCAGCCCACAGCGACACCUCGCCAGAGGUGGUCGCUCCUGCGGAAGACGAUCAAAGUGGUGUCGUGAAAGAGGAGGAGCCAGUCCACCACCAGCAGCACCCUGAAUCCAAGGAUGAGUACUCAGCGACCGAUGCUGAGGAGGACAUGCCCUCCUUGGACGAUUCUUGUGAGACAAACAUUGAGGACAUGGGCCUUGCCCAGAGCAUUCCAGAAGAAAUGCCUACAACUGGGCUCAGACGACGUAACAGGCUGGAAUGAACAGGAAAAAAAGGGGGUUGUUUUAAACUGUACAUGAAUAAAGCCAUACAUGUAUUUUCUCAUUCUU